GCCCCCCUUCUCCAAGGCACCCUUUAAAUCCCUUUGUUUGCUAUACAAAAUCUUUCUUCAAAAUCUGCUGUGCAAAAUCUGCUGAUUGUUAUAAACGGUUGCAAUGGACAUUCUUUUUAUAGCGAAGGGAAGAGAGUGGGUAUUUAGGGACAAAAAACCUAAGAUCAUACUAAACUUUCCCAGGGAAAACUACGCUGGACAACCCAUUGAAAUAUGAUAAACCCAGUGAUAAAUCUUCUGGAUUCGCGCCUGGCAAGAAUGAAAAGCAGAGUUUACAGUUUAAGUUGCCUUAGAAACCAAAAUAUAAUUCAUGCUUCAGGACAGCAGGUGAGAAACUCAAUAACGAAAAAUUCAGAUAAAUUUUGAUGAUUGAUUAGUUUUGUGUAGCAAAACUCAAUUCAAUUUACUUCAAAAACAACAGCACCACUAUAUCUGUAUUGAUACCUGCAGUUUGAAUAACCGUUUGAAACUGUUAGGAUGCAGGGCUGAGGUCUUAAUUUACCAUUUGAAAGAUGUGGCUGAAGACUUUGUACCAAGCGAUUUUAUUCUACAAUUUUAUUGCAACAAAUGGAUCAAUCAGAAGAAACAUUUUUCAACGGACUGGACUGUUCAACUUGUACAUGGAAAACACCAGACUCAACAUUGGUCCGAUUUCUAAAAAUAAAUCUCCUACUUUGUUGUAUUGUAUACAAUUUUGCCUUGCAAUCGAAAGUUGUAAAAGCAUCAACUACAAAGCUUCUACGAUGGAAUGUGAAAUUUUGUCUGCAAAUGCUUUGGAAAGCAGAACAGAUUUGUUUGAAGAUAAAGCUGGUUGGGAUCAUUACGAGUCCUUGCAAGAGGGAAGAUGUGAGGCAUACGAUAAAGAGCAGUUGUGUGAUGCAGAACAAGUUUGUGAACAAGAUUUAACAUCACUUGGUGGAUACAAAUGCAAAAAUUUAGAAAACAUUGCGUCGGGAAAAGUGGCCAGCCAGUCAAGCACCUGUUAUGAAGGGGCGGCAAGCAGAGCUGUGGAUGGUAAUGACCAAACAAACUACGAUUUGUUUUCUUGUAGCCAUACAUGUAGUAUUGCUCCAGACUGGUGGAGGGUUGAUUUCGGUGGAAGCGCCUUCGUCCAUUCAGUGAAAAUUACAAACAGAGGUGAUUGCUGUGGAUAUCGUCUCUCAAACUUCAACAUUGUAGUUGGCAACAGUAUUGAAGGCAAUGGCGGCAGCAAUACAGUGUGUGCAGCUAGUCAAAGUGUCCCACAAGGUGGCACAAAACUGUUUCCAUGCCGUCCCAGGCUUCAUGGCAGAUACUUGUAUAUACAACAAAACAAAGCGGAGCCAUUAACACUGUGUGAAGUGAGGGUAUUUGGCGAAUUUUUCGGAUGAAACUAGUUGUCUAAUGAACAAGAAAAUGACAAGAAGUAAGGCAAUAAGAAGCACGUCUGCUUAUCGCACAGUAAAGGAUCGAAAAAGUGAGGCUUCUCAAUUGCCAAAAAUGUAUUUCAAAAAACCAACACACCGAUACCAAUAAAUCAAAAAACCAUUCUGCCAUAAUUUAAAAACAUGAAACUAUAUUUCCAUGUCUUUUUAAUGCAAAGCAUCCUCAAAAGUUUAAUAACGAGAUGAAAAUAAGAACAAAAAUUUCCAAAGAGUAGGAGCUCAAAAUACUGUGGCAUUUGCGUUCGAUUACGUUAAUUCACAAUACUCUUCUUACACUAAUCCAUCCUAGAUUGCUAAAACUCCCUACAACCGAUUAAUGAUUCUCAUCAACAUGAAAUCAUGAAAUCAAGUUUAAACACAAUCAAAGCGGGAAGCGGGAAGAAAAAGGUUUAAACAUGAAUGUGAAUCUAAAUACCCAGACUGCUGCAAACGUUUUCAGUAGCAAAUAAAGAUUAAAUUAAAAUGAAUAAUCAAGAAGAAAAAACAUUGCAAAAUGGUUGAUGUGGAAUUCGUGGUGUAAGCACAAUGUUACUUAACGGGUCACAUAUAAAUAU